AGACUAUUUGGGCGUCUGGGAUUUUCUGGUGCAAUGGCAGCCACCAGAGUAUUAGCUGCUGCAGGCGCUCUCCAAGCUUUCAAUGGAAACGCUCCAUUCAUCAAGCAACACCCCUUCCUUUUCAAGCAAAAGGCUCUCAAUCUCUCAAAAUCAACAAAACCCAGAAACAGAUUCCUUUUCACUUGCAGAUCUCUCCUCAAACCCGACUCCAUUCAAAUCAAAGAAGAAGGCCAGCCCGAAACUCUCGAUUACAGGGUCUUCUUCGUCAACGGUUCUGGGAAAAAGGUUUCACCUUGGCAUGACAUUCCCCUGAACCUAGGCGAUGGAGUCUUUAAUUAUAUUGUUGAAAUACCGAAAGAAACUAGUGCAAAGAUGGAGGUUGCUACAGAAGAGGCAUUCACUCCCAUAAAGCAGGAUACAAAGAAGGGAAAACUUCGAUACUAUCCCUACAACAUAAAUUGGAAUUAUGGAUUGCUCCCUCAGACAUGGGAAGACCCAUCUCUUGCAAACACAGAAGUUGAAGGAGCAUUUGGUGAUAAUGAUCCGGUCGAUGUUGUUGAAAUUGGUGAAAGUCAGGGAAAAAUUGGCCAAAUUCUCAAGGUCAAGCCCCUAGCAGCUUUGGCUAUGAUUGAUGAGGGGGAGCUUGAUUGGAAAAUAGUUGCAAUAUCGUUGGACGAUCCGAGAGCUUCGCUCGUGAACGAUGCUGCUGAUGUUGAGAAACAUUUUCCGGGAACUCUCACUGCAAUUCGGGACUGGUUUAGAGAUUACAAGAUUCCAGAUGGAAAGCCUGCUAAUAAAUUUGGUCUUGGCAACAAAGCGGCCAGCAAGGACUAUGCGCUGAAGGUCAUUGCAGAGACGAAUGAAGCUUGGGCUAAGCUGGUAAAGAGGUCAAUUCCUUCUGGAGAGCUGUCACUGGUGUAGAUGUGAUUUUUAGAGUUUGAACUGUAAACUGUGCUCUUCACAACAGGCUGUAGAUUUUCGUGAGGCAUUGGUAAAUUAUCUAUCGACCGAUUGAGUUGAUUGUUC